GUUUACAUCCACUGUCCACUCCAGUCGGCAGCUUUCCUCAAAGUCUGGCUUCGUGGUUUAUUGCCAGGGUCUGGCACACUGUCUGGCACUAGACAGAUGCCCUCAGCCUUUGGUUGGAUGAACGGAAGGUGAGCAAGAAAGGGAUGCCAGAGUCCUCCGCGAGACUGAAUGAGGAGGAGGAGGAAAAUGGGACGGUGCGGAGCGAAGAAUCCGAAAGUACUUGUGUGAUGGAGAAAGAAAUGGAAAAAGGCGUCCCAGAGGCUGGAUCGGGAAGACCGGAGGCCUGAGGAAUCAGUGUGGUGUGUCCGGUUGCAGUGUCUGGUAGUUGGAGGAAGGAUGCCUGCCUUGUGGGCAACUGGACCAAUGUUACUCUAAUGAAGACUGGCUUCCUUCAGUUACUUCUGCAUCCUACCCCUUAUGUCUGGAUUCAGUUCUCUUCAUGAGGAGUCAUUAGUGAGCAUUCAGGGGAGCUCUGUCUCAAAGGUUUUGGUCAUAUUUAACAUUUGUAUGCAUUUGGAAUAGGAAAGAUGUUCACAUCAACUAAGUCAUGUUGCCAGAAAAGAAUGUCAUAUUGUCCAGCAUGCUUUGCUCACCGUAUCCUGAGGUCCACUGACCAUGAACCUCAACUCCUCCCUCGGCUACAGGAAAGAGCUGAGCAACCUCACUGCUGUGGAGGGUGGUGAAGGGGGCGCCGUUGUCACCGAGUUCAUCGCCAUCAUCAUCAUCACCGUGUUUGUCUGCCUGGGCAACCUGGUUAUUGUGGUCACUUUGUACAAGAAGUCCUACCUCCUUACUCUCAGCAACAAGUUUGUCUUCAGCCUGACCCUGUCCAACUUCCUGCUGUCCGUGCUGGUGCUACCGUUCGUGGUGACUAGCUCCAUCCGGAGGGAAUGGAUCUUUGGCGUGGUCUGGUGCAACUUCUCUGCCCUCCUCUACCUGCUGAUCAGCUCAGCCAGUAUGCUCACUCUUGGAGUCAUUGCCAUCGACCGCUAUUAUGCUGUCCUGUACCCGAUGGUGUAUCCUAUGAAGAUUACGGGGAACAGAGCUGUGAUGGCUCUUGUCUACAUUUGGCUUCACUCCCUCAUUGGCUGCCUGCCGCCCCUAUUUGGUUGGUCAUCAGUGGAGUUUGAUGAAUUCAAGUGGAUGUGUGUGGCUGCAUGGUACCGGGAGCCUGGCUACACUGUCUUCUGGCAGAUCUGGUGUGCCCUGUUCCCCUUCGUCAUCAUGCUGGUGUGCUAUGGCUUCAUCUUCCGUGUAGCCAGAGUCAAGGCCCGCAAGGUGCACUGUGGCACAGUGGUCAUUGUGGAGGAGGACGCCCAGAGGAGUGGGAGGAAAAAUUCCAGUACCUCUACCUCCUCUUCAGGCAGUAGGAGAAAUGCCUUUCAGGGCGUGGUCUACUCGGCCAACCAGUGCAAAGCCCUCAUCACCAUCCUGGUGGUCAUUGGUGCCUUCAUGGUCACCUGGGGCCCCUACAUGGUUGUCAUCACCUCUGAGGCACUCUGGGGGAAGAACUAUGUCUCCCCGACACUGGAGACUUGGGCCACAUGGCUGUCCUUUACUAGUGCCAUCUGUCAUCCUCUGAUCUAUGGACUCUGGAACAAGACUGUUCGCAAGGAGCUCCUGGGCAUGUGUUUUGGGGAUCGUUACUACCGGGAGUCAUUUGUGCAGCGACAGAGAACCUCCAGGCUCUUCAGCAUUUCCAACAGGAUCACAGACCUGGGCCUGUCCCCACACCUCACGGCACUCAUGGCAGGUGCCCAACCCCUGGGACACAGCAGCAGCACUGGUGACACUGGCUUCAGCUGUUCUCAGGACUCAGGGACGGAUGUGAUGCUGCUGGAAGAUUGUGCGUCUGAUGACAACCCUCCCUCCCACUGCACUUGCCCACCCAAGAGGAGGAGCUCUGUGACAUUUGAGGAUGAAGUGGAACAGAUCAAAGAGGCUGCCAAGCACUCUGUUCUUCAUGUGAAGGCUGAAGUACACAAGUCCUUGGACAGUUAUGCAGCCAGCUUGGCUAAAGCCAUUGAAGCUGAAGCUAAAAUCAACUUAUUUGGGGAGGAGGCCUUGCCAGGGGUCUUGUUCACAGCACGGACUGUCCCAGGGGCUGGCUUUGGGGGCCGCCGAGGCAGUAGGACUCUAAUGAAUCAGAGGCUGCAGCUACAGAGCAUUGAAGAAGGGAACAUCUUAGCUGCAGAACAGAGGUGAGGGGCUCAGGGGACUGGGGCCACAGCAGAGCUACUGGAGUGUGAAAGGAUUCCCCCUACUGCCUGUGCCAGGGCCCUGGAACACAUCAUCUCUCUCAGUGGGACAAAUGUGGGGAAGGAAACAUCUGGUGUACAGCCACCAGAAGGACUGAAAUUGUCUCCAAGUCUCUGACUUUAGUACCUGCUGGGAGAGCACAUGUGGGCUGCUUCUAGGUCCCAGGGAUGGACCCAGAGACUUUCAAAGCACAAAGAAAAAGCAGCUGGAGAUGUGACUGGGGCUUGGGGAGGUGGGGUAUACUGGGGAACUAGAGACCACAGGCUUAACAGGAAGCCACCCUGUGGAUCAUCUUCAUAACCUGUACCCAGCCUGGUCCAGUCACACAUACUCUCAGAGAGGCUUCCGGAGGUGAACCCUGCUCAGUGACCUCACAGGACAGCACAGCCCCUCUCAGUAUUGCAAGCCCAUCCAGGGCUCCAUGGGGGUUGAUCUAGACUGUGGGGUUACCAGCACUAGAUGGUCCAGAGAGCACUCAAGAGCAGAGCACUCUAGAUCUCUCUUGCCCUGGUUAUGACUUAGCCUUGGUGGGACCUCCUGUUGAUGCAAGUAGGAACAGCCCACAGGCCAUCUAGGAUGGGCCCCACCCCAUCCACCUCCUUGUUGAUUCUUUGGUAUUUGAAAAGGGAGAAACCACUAUAAAAGACAGAAGGGAGAGUACCAGGUAUUUCAUUUCCAGAAUUUAAAAAACAAUUGAAUAAAAACAAUUGGUCAGGGUCUAUCACAAGACUGGGGCUGUGAUGUCAAGCUGCGGGGGCGGGGGGCAACUCAUGACAUACAAAAUGAGAUGCUUGAGUGACUAACAAACACACAGGUGGCCUCAACUUGGGGCAGGCCUAAGGUAAAAGGAACUGAGUUUGCAACCUCGGUUAUUGGUGUAGCUUGGCCUUUGCAUGUGUCACUUACAUAUACUGUUACUUCUCUAGGUUGUUUGUGAAAUGAUUCCAGCUCUGGUCUUUGAUGUCUUCUGAAUUUGUAACAGAGAUGGGAACAAACUGAAACAUGACCCAUGAACCAGCAUUUGUAUGCUUUUGAGUGUGGCCCUAGUGAGCACACGAAAAGCUACCUGCCCACUCUGGUCCUGUGUUCUGGUACCACUCGAUUGUUUAGAGCAAUGCAAACAACUGAAUGCCAACCACUGAGACACAAGUGUGAAGAAAGAGGGUCCUGCAGCUGAGGGGGAGGGCAGGUGGGAUUGUUGGCUUGGCCCCCUCGGUCUCUCUUUGAGCUAGAACCAGUAGUUUGGUUGAGUGGUUGCUGUGGUGACUCUGGAAGCCAGUCAGUCCCCUUCCUCUGAGUCUGGGUGCUUAAAUAAGCGUUGUUCAGGACUCUCCUUGCUUUGGUGAGCAGAGGUAGACUCCAAGGUGAACCUGCCCUGUCUGCUACUAGGCAGCUAUUCCAGAAAGUGAAUUACCUUUCAAGUGUUUUCUUUAGGAUCUGCACAGCUGCUAGUGGUGCAGUGUCUUUUUCCUCUGGUCCCCCGGUUUGUAGGAUACAGAAGACAUGAACCAUGGGGCCUGCUUCUGUGCAGUUAAUUUCAUUAACACCACCAACUCUGGGUCAGUAGUGCUGGGGGCUGGAGAGGUUCUAGAGGAAGUAGUAGGCAGUAGAGGCCAGGUGCUGCUGUUGCUCCUGGCAGCACUCCUGUGUAUGUUUAUAUAUUCCGUAUAUACCCUUUUCUGUCUGAAGGGAUCAUAUUCCUUACUAACCAGUAUGCACAAAAGGUGGACAGAAACCUUGACCUCUGGGAUGAGUUGCCAGUUAGUGCAAUAAAUUGGCUUAAGACCCAAAGGUUGGAGAGCUCUUUCCUGAUUGCCCUGGGCUGGGCUCUAUAGAAGAUCCCGAGGCCUCUGAGCCCUCCUGGCUGACCCCAUAUUUGCUGGAACAGCAAAAAACUAACCUAGAAACAUUGCGUUUCACUGUCAUGCUCCUCCUUUUUUUGUUUUUAAAUUGAGUGAGGCCCAUUCAUUCACUCAUCUGACACUGCAGGUCUGCAGAGCACCUCAAUACAUGGUAAUACCAGAGUGCUUGCCAUCUAAAAGAGAUGCCUGGGAGAUACUGAUGCUGAUGCAGAGCAUCAGGCAAAUAUUACAAAACUGUGCUCCAAAUCAGAUGAGUACUGCAGCCAAGGUGCUAAGGAUAGGUCUGUGAAAUAGGUGACUGAGCUGUUUUGUUUUAGAGUUUGUUUCAUAUUCAGGAAUUCCAAUUUUCCCAUUUAAGCUAGAGAGAGAAGUGGGUGGGGAGAGAGAAGAGGUAGUCCAUACAUUCUAUCAUCCUCCUUUGGAGAACACUUGCAUUUGUGUAGAAGCCCAGCAACCCAACUAAACCCAGCCCCAUUAACUGCAAAGUACUGUACAGUGGCAGGACUGAGGUUUUCCUGAGGGAACCCAUGGGUAGGGGCAGGUAGGACAGUUGGUUACUUGAUGCUUAAAUACCUCAGUCCUGUGUCUUUGGAUUCUGACAAGUUUUUUAUCAAGACUUCCCCCUGACUUGCCUCCUGUGCUGUGCUCCUGAUGCCAGCUAUGGGGGCUGCUGUAUCCCCGAAGGCUUGCCCCCCCCCCCCCACUACAGUGCAUACAAUCAGCACUGGGAUUCAGGACCUAAGACACAAGGUGGCAGCAGUGUGGUUGUGAGACACAAGAUGAUUAACAUGGAGACUUGUUGGCUGCAGGCAGAAAGCUCUUCCCCUCUGAGCCCAAGGACUGCAGGCCUUGGCCUUGGCAGGUGAUCCCUACCUUAUGUGAACCCAUUCGAGUUCACAGGUUCUGCCUGCACUGAGCUGUGUGCUCCUAAGUGAAAUAAUGCUCCUGGGACAGGCAGGGUGGAGGACCCUUAGGACCAUGGUUACCUGGUGCUAAUGUUCUUAGAUUCUCAUUUGUAUGUGGUUUCACCUCCCAGCAAAGAAUUAGACCACCACCAAUGAGAUUAACUCAGUAUUUGCAAUAGGGCACUGUUGUUUGGGUCAGGACAAGAGGCAAAAGCAUUGCUACAGUGAGGGAUCUUGCGAGUCUGUUAAGAUACAGCUGUGUGAGGGUUUCUUCCAAAUGAACAAUGUGCUUCUGAGACAGACGACUACAAAUUAGGGACAUUCCUCAGGUGGACCUUACAAUGAACUGAAAUGUGUCCAGCCUUGAGCCUUAUCUAUCUCCUGCAUGGAAGGAAUAGUAAGGGUGAUGUGGCUAAACAAGAGGUCAACAAGUAGCAUGUGCUAAGUCCUACUUGAACAUCUAAGAGCCUAUUUUGUGCUAGGUACUUAGUUGGGAACUUGAGAUGCUCUAUCUCCCCCUUGCUUCAGUGUGCAGAUGGGGUAUGGUGAUGGGUGUAAGUUCAGAUCUCUGGCUGCCACUUACUAGCUAGUAUUCCUGGGCAAGUCAUUCAGUAUUCUUACAUCUGUAAAAUGAAAUUUUGUAAUCUAUUUGUACAUGGGGACACAAUACAGGAAUGCUGCCCUCAUAAGGUGAUUGUAUGGACUACGGGAAGACAUGCUUGUGGAGUUUCCAGCACAGGAUAUGGGGUAACUGAUGGAGCUGAAGCCUUCCUGUUUUAGAGGGAUCUCUAACAAGAAGUGAGACUCUUGGAAAGAUAACUAGCCAAUGUAGGAUAACUAAGUUGAUGUUGAGGGCUGUUGCCAGAAUUGUUUGCUAUGCAGUGCAAAAAGACUUCUGGGAAGUGAUGCGGUGAGGAAGGGAAGGCAGUAGAAAGGAGGGUGCAAAGGCUGAGUAGCAUUCGGAACACAAGAGGUUUGCAGGAACAAAAUGAGCUUUUCUAUUAAAGUCUUCCUUUCAUGUUAAUGGCGUGAUUGCAAAAAGCUGAACUAUUUAUACAUUGCCCUGAGUCAAAGAUAAUGUGUAAAGCCCCAAAUCACAUCAAUUCAGCCUUGACCUUCCUUACACCAAGAAAAGAAUUCUCCCCUCAAAGUGCCUUUAGGUGCUGAAGACCACUCUGUCCAGCAGUGAUGGUGAAUUGUGGCUCUUGGUCCCCAGAAGCACUAGUCUUCCAGGCUUCUGGGGGAAGGGGCAGAGGGAGUACAGGUCCAUACCAUUAUCAGAAUGUGAACAAACCCUAGGAAGCCUGUGGGAGGGAAAGGGGAAAUCAAGUCUUUACCUGAGCCAUGGACCGUGGUUGUGAUUAGCCCAUCAAGGACUACAAGAAGCAUCAGGUUGGUAUUGUCCUGGGGAUCAGUGAGAGGGGAUACAUAGACUCCAGGAUGGUCAAGGGAAACCAAGGUCUCAAAGUGAGGUGAGCCAGAGUCAGGGCCAAAUCCCAGGUCUUGGUCAUGAGAAAGAAGGAGCUAGCUUUGUCGUUCAAGGAUGAGAAAUGGGGAUUAAAAGUCAUCUUAUCACAGUAGGCCAGCUGGACUUCAUUAGCUAGGUGAAAAGAACCAAGGGGUUUUUGGGUAUUAAUAUCUGUUGGCCAGGCUUAAAAAAACUGAAGGUCCAAAGUAAGGCAACUGAUUUUCUGGCAAGAAUUCAAAGCACAGGA